UCCCUUUUAAUGGCUCAGGGAAGGAACGAGAGAGAUUUCGUUGAACGAGUUCGUCGAUAACGCGGCGGGGUAUCAGUGCGAUCUUAUUGCUUCUAUAAGGGGCGCCUUAAAACACCCCUGAGGCGCGCGCCUGCGAAAUAUCUGAUUCUACCACCUGAAUCGCGUGUGUCCACGUCGUCGUCGUUCAGUCUUGCCUCCACUUCCAUCCGGACGUGUUUUUCAUCUUCGCUAGAAUAGUCUGUCGGGCAGUUACUAGUUCUUCACUUAAGCCUUCAAGAAACCGUUGUUUAUCGAACUUGCGCGAAUACAUUUACUCUUUGGUAACGGCAAAGGAUGAUGUAUUCAUCAUCGGGAGAGCAUCGAGGAUUCAACAGUUUCAGAUUAAAAUAACGACUCUUCCUUCAAAUACGCCUUUUGUCCCUAUUUUAUCUAUUUGAAAUUUAUCUGAACAAUGAAGAAUACAUGAAAGUUAGCCAAACGCUUUUGUGCGGAAUAGCUUUGCGGUUGUCAGGCCCGCUACAUGAAUGCUAAAGAUGGAUCUCCUUCAAAUCUGGAAAGCUCAAGCGAAGAUAAUAAGAACAAAGAAAAGAAUACCGAGAACGAAGAUGAAAAUCCCGGAGAGGAAGUGGUGACAAAGACGGAUGCGACAAAUUGUGAUAUCAAACCCCUCGAAGAGGAACCGGACUGUCCGAAAAAUAAAAAUGAGCCGUCUUUAGAACUGCCUCUAGAACCAACCCUUCACGAGCGAUUCUUGCGUAUCAAGCAAACCGUGAAGGACGCUAUAGCUGCCCAUCAUACUUUUAUGAUUUAUGGCAAGUCACGGGUCAUUCGCGAUUGCAUGUUGAAACGAGGAUGGUGUGAGAAAUUUUAUCGUAGGAACAGCGGUGGUAAUAAAUCACGCGAUCAGCAUUGCAGUGUCGACUCCAGUCCAGUGUUUUUACUGGCUGGGAUCGGCGAUUUGAAAGAUCAGCAAAGCGAACGUCUAUUGAUAUCGAGAAUGCUCGCUAAUCACACCGUCGAUUUCCUAUGGAACACUGGGUCUGACUGGCCAGGAUGGCCUGCUCAAGAUAACAAAACUACUGUGUUCAAUCGAUAUUGUCGCGCUGGCUUUACAUCCAAGGUGGGCUUGUGUUCAAGCGUCAGGCAAAUGCACUGGUAUUAUGAAGCUGGAGUGGCUAAUACGUUGUUUCCGCGUUGCUACAACUUAUGUCAGAGCGAUCAGAUGCACGCCUUCGUCGAAGACUUUCGACUCACAGGCUGCUUGGGUCUUUUAAAAUGGUUAGUGGGCAAGGUCAACGUCGAAGACGAAGACGCCGUGCGUUCUCCAACAGGCACGGUGCCUCUCAAAGCCCUUGACUUUGCGAUUAAAAGAUGUAGCGACUAUAUUAGCGCCCAAUCGCACGAGGAUAUUGAUCAGGAGGCUGAGAGGGUUUGGUCUCACCAGUGGGAUCAAUUUAUUAGCUGGUAUUACCAGAUCAUACGCGGUCAAGCUCUUUUCGUUCGCACCAACGUUCCCUUCAAUAAAUAUAUCCUGGCUUCAAAGCACAUAUUAAAGAAAAUGAGAAAGUAUUGGCCGCAGAUAGACAUGGACGGUAUAAUGAACAUGUGGAUUCUGAAACCUGGGAACAAGAGCCGAGGACGCGGUAUCGUUCUGAUGAAUAAGCUGGAGGACGUGGUAGCGAAAGUAAAUCCAACAGGCAAACCGGACACGCGAUAUGUCGUGCAAAAAUACAUUGAACGGCCGUUUUUGAUUCACAACACUAAAUUCGACAUAAGGCAAUGGUUCAUCGUGACGUGCGCUCAACCUUUAACUUUCUGGAUGUACAGAGAAAGCUACCUCCGCUUUUGUUCGCAAAAGUUCAGCCUGGAUGACUUCCACGAGUCGAUUCAUUUGUGCAAUCACGCGAUUCAAUGCAAAUACAAUAACUGCGACGACAGGGACUCUGCUCUACCUGUAGACAAUAUGUGGGACGCCACAACAUUCAAGGAAUUCCUCAGAACUCAGGGCCACAGUAAUGCAUGGGACGAAUUGAUCUACCCUGGAAUGAAGCAAGGUCUGGUAGGCUCGUUGCUAGCCAAUCAAGAAGUCAUGGAUCGACGAAAAAAUAGUUUCGAACUGUACGGCGCCGACUUUAUGAUCAUGGAUGAUUUUUCUGUAUGGCUGAUCGAGAUCAACAGUCAUCCGGACAUGAGCUACUCCACCAGUGUUACCACGCGAUUGUGCCGACAGGUGAUGGAAGAUACCAUUAAAGUCGUAGUAGACUUUCGAGAAGAUAAGAAUGCGGAUACCGGAGACUUUGAGUUAGCGUAUAAACAGAGAAUGCCAAGCUGCCAGCCGUACUUAGGUGCAGCUCUAUCGCUUCAGGGUACUCGUAUCACCACCUGCGAGAAGAAAUCGAGUGUACAUCAAGAUUCCAAAUCCAGUCUAGUCGCGAGAUCUCCAAUGACGAAGAAGAAGUCGAUAGCGCACAGCAAUAUCGGGCCAGUAAUCGUUGAUCUCAUCGAAGAACUGGAGAUCCAACUCGAUCAAGAGUUGUACUCUUAUUAUAACACAGAUUCACCCAAGUCGAGACCUGCACUUCCGGCGACUGCACCAGCAAAGCCUUCGAAGGCAUCGAUUUCUGAAGAGAAAGCGGAAACCGCGGCAAAGAGUACUUCAGCAGGUACAAUCUCUAUCGACAAGACAAAGUCACCAAUUCCGUCCAGGACUAAUACUCAGAAUCACACUAAAUCUUCGAAUAAUGGAAAAAGACCAUCACAUAAACUGGCACGAAAGUUACGCACAUCCACCGGCACAGCAAGUAGCAAACUGGAUACAUCUCCGAGACAAACGUUGAUCUCAAAGAUCAUGGCUCUUCAGGAGCAAUCGGCGAACGUGACGCCCAAAUCCGAGAAACCGUCGAGGAAGAAUGAGGAGAAGAUUAUCAAAACUGCGAUGCGAGACGCCGUGAAGAAGUACAAAAGAAACGUAACUGUCCGACCGGAAGUACCACCACUGCCGUCUCUACUUGCGCCAAUAGCGAAAGUCACCUCCGUGUCGACGACGAAAAACAAGAGCCGUAGCUUCCCGAAAAGACAGACGCACCAUAAGAAAAAUAAAAUUCUAACGAACAUCUCCGAUAUGUAUGCUGUCGGUUUAAGCCUGACCAAAUAAUCGAAAAGCCCGUCAGUUACUCGUUGCUCGUUAUUUUUCUCUUUACUGUUGAUCAAUUGUUCAAUUCUAUCUACAAGUGAUAUAUAUGUAUACAACUAAUAAAUGUUACGAAUAUACUGCUA